UACAUGCCAUUUUGCAACACAGUAAUCCAGUAGAGACCUAAUUUAUUGAUAUAUUUCAAUAUCGAUCUAGCUUACUAUGAUGUGCUACCACCCCAAGUGGCUCAUGCUAGCUAGAAAGUUAAUGCACACGGUAACCAUGACGACGGAACUCUAUCUUUGAUCGCUGAUUGGCCACUUGCCCUAGUUAUGUCUUUACGUCCAAACUAGAUAGGUGAUGCCCCAAGUAAUCGUGGUGCAACCAAUAUUAGUUUGUUUUCACAGCUAUGUAUCAGCUUUUACACUGGAAACCAGAACCCUUACAUUUGAUGAGUCCUACUACGAGUAUGUCCCUGAUCGGCUGAAAUGGUCCGCGGCAGGCGAACUGUGCGAUCAGCGCGAUGGUGCCCUAGCCACUGUCUCCAGCCCAGCAGAGAACCAAGACCUAACCAGCUUUUUAAAGUCCUUGAACAUCUCUGAACCUGUGUGGAUUGCCAGGAAAAUCACACAUCUGAAAAUGUGGGGUGAAAAAAAACGUUCUUCCAAGACCUUGAUUCUGGAGUUCAUUGGGCGCUCAGACAGAAAGAAUGCCCGUCUUCUACACAAGUUCCCUUCCAUGGGCUCUGUGACCGUUUGCACCCGUCUCCGCUUCGAUCUGAAUUGCUUUGGAUUUUCCACCAUCUUCUCUUAUUCCAUCCAGUCAUAUAUUAAUGAGUUCCAGCUCCGUGCGAACCUGAUCCAGGGAAAGCCUGUGCAGCUGGCUCUGCUGGUCCAUGGUAAGCAUGGUGCUUACAAGGAAGCCUUUGACCACAACGGAUCCUGGCACUCAGUCUGCGUUUCUUGGAGCCAGAAUGGUGGACGCUGGGCACUAUUUAUUGAUGGCCUUCCGAUCUCCAAUGGCGAUGGCCUAAACAGUGCUGACAGCAUUGGCCCAGACGGUCUUUUCAUUAUCGGGCAGGAGCAGGACACCUUUGGAGGCUCAUUUAAGAAGGAUGAGUCAUUCUCAGGGAGCAUCACAGAGCUCCACAUUUGGGAUCGGGUACUGGACAGCAGCGAAAUCGACACCAUGGAAAAGGAGUGUUCACCCAUUUCCUCUGGGCUGGUGUUCAAGUGGAGUGAAGCAGCCAUGGAAAUAGAGUCCUCCCUUACGAAGCUGUUGAAAGACAGCCCUUGUCAAGGUAACAUCUCUUCGUUAGAAAAUUCGUUGUUGGAUUCCCUCCGGGAUGGAAAUUCCUCACAGAAUCAGAAUUUCUCCUUUCAGUUCCUCCACGGUCCUCAGUCUGAUAAGGAUUGUGGCGUCUUUGACCCUGAUAUCGGGAGCUGGGACCAUGCUGAGUGUGACUCACUCAAAGGCGCUGUCUGCCAGUUUAAAAAAGAAGUGAUAGAUGUUUUCAGUUUACCAAAGACGCCAUUCUUCAGCAGAUUGAGCAAGGAUCCUUUGACCAAACCUGUGAUGGAGGAGCUGAGCGUCAACAUCUCCUGGGACAGAGACCUGACCUUGCUGCAGCACCUGACCCAGGCUGUCCUACACACAGUGGAGGCCGGUAGCCCAAACCUCCUCACGUCGAGUGAUGUCCUCUACCUCUCCCAGAUGAUUGAGAUGGACCUGACUGCACUGGCUAGCACUAACUCUGCUGGAGCUGAUGCAGCAGAGGCAAUGGUGUCCAUUGCUACCAACUAUUUAAAGGUGGCGAGUUUGAUGCUGGAGCCCCAUAUGGCGACGCAGUGGAUGGGCCUGACAGAGGAUGGGGUCAGCGUGGGGCCAUUUACUAUUGUCAAGAGCAUUGACAAUCUCACUGAAACUCUUGCAGACAUAAUGUCUGUUGAGAGAAGAGGAUUCACUCUUUCAACCAAAAAUAUAGAUGUGCACAUGAAGUGGCAGAAGCUGUCUGAGGAGAGCUGUACUCAAUCCUUCAAGCCAUCUGCGGUCAGCUCUCACACCACCAGCAGAGGUGGUCAGGAUGAACUGCUUAUCCCAGAUGCUGAGCUCCAGAGGAUACACUCACUGGGAUAUGAGGAAGUGAUGUUUAUUCAUACCCACUACAGCCACCUGAGUGAGAUUGUAUCUGAUGCACAGGAACCUCCACAGAGUCAACAAGAGAAAGUUAAAAGAAUUCUCCCAGGUCACCUGGCUUCUGCUGUCAUAUCAGCCACCGUCCGUGACACAUCCAAGGCCCAAACUAUCCCUGUGGCCGUCCAGUACACCCUUUCCUCAUCACAUGUGGUGGAGUAUUCACAGAGAGUUACUCCUGUUUGUGCCUUUUGGAAUUUCAGCCUGAUGCAUAGUCAUGCCAAUAGCUGGUCCAGUGAUGGUUGCAGAGUGACCUUUGCCAGCUCUGGUGUCACUUCCUGCCUGUGUAACCACACCACUAACUUUGCAGUACUGAUGAAUUACCUGGAAUCAAAGUGGAGUCCCGAGGAAGAGCUUAUUUUGACCAAGCUGACAUUCAUUGGUUCUGGCGCGUCUCUGUGUGCACUGGUGGUGACCUUGAUGCUGUUCACUGUGCUGGACAUUCCCAAAUCUGACAGGACAUCCAUUCAUAAGAACCUGUUCAUCGCUCUGAUCUGUGCUCAAGUGAUUCUACUGUGCAGCGGCUCAGCCAUUCACAACAAGGUUGCGUGUACCCUUGUAGCAGCACUGCUCCAUCUCUUCUUCAUGGCAGCAUUUAGCUGGAUGCUGGUAGAGGGUCUGCUGCUCUGGAGCAAGGUGGUCGCUGUCAACCUAAGCGAGGACCGACACAUGAAGUAUUACUAUCUCAUCGGCUGGGGUCUGCCGGUGCUAAUAGUCACCAUCACGCUGGCAUCAGCCUCAGGCAAAUACUCUGCCGACGGCUACUGUUGGCUCAGUGUCCAGAACGGUGUUAUCUGGGGCUUCGCUGGGCCCGUCAUCUUCAUCAUUAUGGUGAAUGUCAUGGUACUAACCAGGGUGGUGGUCAUCACCAUCUCCACAGCCAAGAGAAGGUCCAUCAUGUUGGCCAUGGGCACCAGUCCUGUGGAACAAGCCUACGAGCAAAUUAGGGCUGCGGUGAAGGCAGUUUUGGUUUUGCUGCCCAUCCUUGGAUUGACAUGGCUGUGCGGCGUUCUGGUGCCUUUUUCCAUCGUCAUGGCCUACAUCUUCAUCCUCCUCAACUCCCUACAGGGCCUUUUUAUCUUCCUGAUAUAUGGGGUGUACAACACAGAGGUUCGGAGCACGGUCAACAGGAUCAAGGAAAGGAGAAAAGCGCUUAAUUUUUCAAACUGUGCCAGUUCCCGACCAUCCAGCUCAGUUACCAGCUCUCGUCCUGUCAGUUUCCCACUAGGAGCAACCGCAAGCCAGGAAGAUGAGGCCACCCCUACCUUCUCUCACAGCAACACCCCAGGCCUGGGGAAGGAGGAAGACGGGACCAGAGGUCAGCUGUCCAUUCCUUGUGAUCCAGAGAGAAUAGAAAAUCCCUUGAGCCAAACCUCCAAAGGCACUCAUCUGCAUAGAAAGGAGCCUCCUCCCUCAGAAGUGGACGCCUUGCCGACCGGUUGUAGUCUUCACGUUCCUAUGGAGCUCGAGUUAACAGCUUCCUGUUUCCCUCGCAGCCCCGCGCCUGAGAAAAGCUACGGUCUCGUCCACGUAGACUGACCCGGCCGGUGUGAUGAGGAUUGUAGUUUGAAAUUGUGAGUCAUUUUUUUUAAUCAGAAUUGAUCGAAUGUUUCCUUAUUACUCUGGCUCCUUUUUCCUUCACUUCACCUGUGAUCAUUGUAGAGACACAUGAAUGUUUGAUAGGUGUCCCUGAGCACUGCAUUCCUAAAUACUGGUUGCAGGUAUUUUCAGCGAGGACUGCCUUAAAACACUCAUUUUAAGAUGUGCUAAAUAAGAAUGUAAGCUAAAUGCCUCAAAUAUAAAUUUAAUGUUAACUUAAAUUUCACAAGUUUUCACUAAUGGUGCAUUGGUGUAUUUUUACUUUUGGUAAAUUUGUGUCAAAAAUAUUGUCUUGUUUGUGUUUUUCAUGCAUUUACUCUCAUGGUACUUCAAUUUGCUUGUAAAAGCGUUAUAUUGUCCAGUAAAGCGUGCGAUAAUACUGCAACUGCUAUUAUAUGAAGUGAGUAAUGUAAAGGGCAUCUUUGUGACCACAUAGUGUGACAUACUGUACAUAUCAUGUAACUGGUUUUAUUCAGGUCAUCACCCUCUCUCUCUUUCACCAUGUUUCCUGUCACUUUACUAUCAAACUAUUAAAUAAAGGACAAAAUAAGACAAAAAAAAAGAACAGCAAAGUGAUAUUUCUGUAUAUAGUUUUUGAUUCAGCCCAUGGACAUACCUGUACAGAUAAAAAAUACAUUUCCCCUAAUAUUUAAAGUCCCCAGCUGUUGCUCACCACAAGACAAAUACAUACUAUUUGAGAAAUAAGGUACCUAUUUUUCUUUCCACAGCGUAUACUGUAUUUGGGAGAAAAUAAAAAUCUUUCAUGUCAAUUUCAUAUGUUUUUUCUCUCUUCAUGCCAACAUCAUCAGGAACUAAGGAACAGGAACAUUUUUCUCUUGAGGGUAAUACAUUUGUAAUUCUGCGUAUGACUCGGGAGUUAAUCUGUCAUUCCUUCAUGCUGUGUUUUUAUAAAACGUUGAGAGGGAUGUUUGAAUAGCUAUUCAGUAGUUCCCAUAAAAAAU